CAAUGAAAAAAAUGACAAAAGAAGCACUGAAAAGAGACAAAAGCAACGAAAAACAACGAAAAAGAGACAAAAGCAACAAAAAACAACGAAAAAGGCACCGAAAAAACAACGAAAAAGGCACCGAAAAAACAAUGAAAGAAGUACCAAAAGAGCAACGGGAAGUACCAAAAAA